UUAUGACCAAACGCACGCAUGCGCACCGAACUCCACUGAAGUCCACAUCACAGGCGCUGUGGUUUAAGCCUACACUCCCGUUAUCCACUUCAUGUGCCAAACAAAAUUGACAAUAAUGCAUUUCAUGUUCAUUGAAUCUGGAUUUUUGUUAAUUCCAAAUGCCCUUUUCAAUGGAUCAAACAUAAAACAAGACAGAACGGUUCUUGAAGACUGAUGAAUAUUCUAUGCGAGAUAUGUGUGUAUACAGACUGACAAAAAUGAUCCUAUCGAACCAAUAGACCUAUUGCAUGCAGUUGGAAGUGAUUUCCGGUAGAUUUUGAUUUAAACUUCCUGCAGUUUUAACAAUAGUUCAGUUGAACAUGCUCCACAAAGAGACAGUCUCCAAACGUGCUGCAUAAUGGAAGGUGCUAGUAGAAAUCUGUGGACAGACGAUGCACAUCUUUCGCAUCUCAUUGCUGAUAAUCUUCUGAAUGCUGUUGGUGACCCACAGAAUCAGCGACUGAGAAGACACAUUUUGGACGUUCUGGAUCGUCUGGACUCGGUUGGUAACCAGAUUGAAAUCAUAAGAUCUGGAAGUUGUGCAGAAGGUUUUCGUAUAAAAGGAUCAGACGUUGACCUAAUGUAUGUCGAUAAAUUGACUAAAGUUGUAAGUGUUACUCCAGAAAAUCUGGGAAAAUAUUUUGCGGUGGUUAAAAUGGUAAACCCUCCAGGUAUUCCCCCAGGCUAUUUCAAACUUAUUGUUCUGACACCUUGUACUCCCCUUUCUCACAUUCGAGAUGCAACGAGGAAGAUGUGUGGAGAGUACUAUCUAUCGAAUGAAGCAUUCUUACAAACCUUCCAACAAUCUUCGAAAGGUGGCGUUCGUCACGGACCCUGUGUAUUGGAGACGGACGAUCUAGGAACAGAUCACGAUAGGGCCUUUUGCUUGGAAUACAAAGAAUGGCCGAAAUGCGCAGACGAAUGGAUCAUCAGAAGAAGAGCACAUGGAUGGCCCUCUCAAGAACUAGUCAGCAGGAUAAAGAGCAAUGGAUGUCAUUUAAUGGCAAUAGGAUCAAAGCAACUUAAUGAGAACUAUACAGACUGUACUAUGUCUGAUAAAUCAGAGUGGAUACAAGACCCAUUACAAUGGAGAUUAUCCUUUUCCGUCGCUGAGAAGACAUUGGUCUACGCCUUCAAUGACACUCAGUUUUUGACGUAUGGUAUAUUCAAACUUUUGAAUCAGGAGGUCUUCUCAAGAGAUCCUAUCCUGAAAAGCGGUCUUUGCUCUUAUUUCCUGAAAACUGCUUUGUAUUGGACAAUUGAAGAGACACCGUCCGAUUAUUGGACGCCCGAGCAUCUAGUGUUUUGUGUUGAUAUUUGCUUUCAAAGACUGAUUUCAUGGGUGGAAACUGGAUUCUGUCCAAACUAUUUCAUCAGAGAAAAUAAUAUGUUUUUAGGAAAAGUACAAGAAUGGCAGUUGGCAUAUAUAUCUUCUCGGCUCUCUGAAAUACACAAUGAAGGCUGGCGAUGCUUGCUUAAAUGUCAUUCUCUGUCUCAUCUUAAAAAGACUUUGGAACGCGCUAGACAAGAGAUAACACCACAUUCUUUUCCAAUAUCGAAACCAGAGGAAGACUAUAAAAUCCUUGUGUCAUCUUACAGCAAACCUGUAAGUAGAACACGCAAAGAAGAUAUUCUCGAUUGUGGAUUGUUUAGUGAAAUACUUGCACGAAAACCAAAAAUGCCGUCGUUAGAUAUACUUGAAUUAGAACUCAAGAAUUCCCUGACAUUAGAGAUAAAGGAAAAUAUGGAUUCUUCAGAUAUGGACAUUAUAAGGUUACGUCGCUAUCACAAUCUGUCACAGCUUGCAUUGAUAUACCUGAAUAUUUCACUAACAAAAUGUACAACUCGGGACCGCUACAAAUACAUUAGGAAAGCAUUUUGCUACUUGAAUCACACCCGAUUUGCGGACAUCAGCAAAGGGAAUCUUACACUAGCUACUGCUCAUUAUUGUCUUGGAAGAUUUUCAGCAGCUCUAUCAUAUAUCAAAGAGUAUGAUGAACGUUUAGAAGCUGGUCUGGGAUACAUAUACUGCAGCAGUCGUCACGGUGUCCAAACGUUUGGGAAUUAUGAGGAAAAUAUGUGUGGACAAGGAUUUAGUUCCAUGGAAAAAGCUUCACUUGCAGUUUCGUAUGAUUUCGAAAUCUUUAGGAUGAUGCCUCUCGUACCUAUUGAAAUAGCCCUGGAAGUGGUCAUGAUGAAACACACAGAGUCUCGUGUUGUCAUCCCACCAAAAAUGUACUCUGUGUUUCUGAAAAUACUUUGCUAUUCAAACAUGAGCAAUCUGAAGGUGGUGGAGGAAUUGUCACUAACAUUGAGAGACUGUCUAGCGUUCUCUAACCGGAUCAACAGGCAUUUAAACUACAUCAUGCUUGCAGUUACAGCAACCAAGUUAGGCAAAUAUGAAGAUGCGUUGCGAUAUUACUGUUUGGCCCACAAUUGCAAGCGGAUCCACAUCAUGAAGAAUUCCGGCUGCCCCGAGUGGUACUCCAGGACCUCCUGUUUAUUUUACAUUGCACAGUUGCUUAGAAUGUUGGUAUGAUACCAGUAACAAGACGGGAACUAUCUACAGUGACAGAUAUUCUUUACGUAUUUAUAAGACGGGAAUUAUCUACAGUGACAGAUAUUCUUUACGUAUUUGUAAGACGGGAAUUAUCUACAGUGACAGAUAUUCUUUACGUAUUUAUAAGACGGGAAUUAUCUACAGUGACAGAUAUUCUUUACGUAUUUAUAAGACGGGAAUUAUCUACAGUGACAGAUAUUCUUUACGUAUUUAUGGCUAUUGAUGUUUAUUAUGAGACCUAUAUUUAAUACAUAAAGUAACAUUUGCAUAUUUUGUAAACAAUCAACACUAAAACUAGGCCUAGGAUUUAACAUUUAACCUGUAAACAUUGUCAACAACGAAAAUCAGUAUUUACAUGUACUCGCUUUCAGACAAUUGAUGCUGAUUUUGUAAUAUUUACAAAUAUCGAUGAAACAGAAAGUAUUACUUGCAUUAGGUAAAUGUAGGAGAAAUACAUGAUUUCAAAAUGAUAAACUUCAUUUUGAUUUGACAAAGAAGAGAACAAUCAACUUUUACUUCUGGUAGCAUUGAUGCUGCAUGUAGUUUCAGUUGCGUUUACUAGCAUUGCCCCAGAUUAAUAGGAUAGGAUCAGGAUGGCUAGCAUUCAGUCAGCAGGCUUUGUUAGCAUUCAACAUCAGCAAGCAAACCAUUGUAAAAUAAGAUUAAUCAGUUGUUCUUUGUUUGUCGUCCUGUCAUAUUUUGUUACUCAUAUUGAGACAUCACCAGCUGCAGAUUAAGUACCACAAAUGUAGACCCAUGCUUAGCGCUCAAGGCCAUAUCAAUGAGGGUUAUUUAACGUGCCAACGCCUGCCGCGACAAUAGGGACCCCUGUGUUAAGGUCAUAUCCGCUCUACCAUUGAGCUACCGCGACAUAAUGCUGUAACAGAAUUAUCUCUGUGCAUUGUAAAUGCAUCUGGUGGUCAUGGCAAUGUAUAUAGCUAUCGAGAACAACUUCAACUACUUGUAUCUGUAUCCAUAUGAUGAAGACAAACUUCCUGUUUAUACAAUCUGAACAACAUGAAAAAUAUCUAGGAAUAGUAAGAGGAAGUUAGGUUUAUAUCUAUUGUCAGGAAACAUUGAUAAAAUCCGUAUCUAAAACUGGAUAUUUUUGUAACUGUUGAGUAGAUAUUGUAAAAAUAAUUGUAUUUCAAGGAAUUUUGAUUUAAAAAAUAAGGUUUAAUGUCAAGAGUGAUAGUUUUUAUUGAGUAAAAAUUAUUACAUUCAUUCUGGUCGCUAGCUAAUGAUGCACGACAUCGGGAAGAUAUUUAUGUGUAUGAUUUUAAAUUCUUACUGUGUUGCAAAAUAUAAAGCAAUAAUUAUUAUUUUCUAAGAGGCGGAUUGCUAUUGUUAUCUUUGUUUCCAGUGAUACAUCGAAUGGAUGCUAUUGGUCACUUCAAUUGAGAAAUUAAGGGCGUAAAGUUCUGGGAACUGGGAGUGGAGUCAGAGUCUCAAAAAUAACGAACUAGUAAUCCUAAUUGUCCGCGAACAAUUACAGGUCUUUCCAUCGUCUUGAGGUUUGAAAUAGUGAAAGAAUAUUUCUCAUUGCGGAGUCAGAUUCUCAAAAAUACAAAGAAUUAGAAAUGAACGUGUGUGCGAGAGAGAGAGAGAGAGAGAGAGAGAGAGAGAGAUUUACGACAUUAUUUUCAGAGAAUGCAUAGCGAUUAGUAACGCCCUCGACUAGAAGUACUAAAUUCCGUCAACACUCAAAAAUGAUGAAUAGGAAGAUUAUAUUACUCCAAUGUUAUACGAAAUGUCGAAACUUCCCUAAAAUGGGUUAAGGAAUUCUAUAAUAUUAGAUAAAAGAUUGAACAUUUAGUUAGGUUUGUGUCGUAUAGUGAGAAGACAGACUUGUAAAGUUACACACUACCUUCGUGAUGUUCUUGCCUAGCCUGCACAUGGUACUUAUUCUUGUAAUAUUUAUUUUGUAAAUCAUGUGAUGUUCAUUUCAGUUUCAAGAAUGUCAGGUAUGGAGUCGUCAAUUACAUGUACAUUGUACCUAGAUAUAUGAACUGUUAAAUAUU